CUCAGCGGCCGCACGGUCUGACGCUGGCAGAGUCCGCGAACUACUGCGCUCGACGCGCCAUGUAGUUUUUGCCCAACAUUAAAAAACAAGCCUCAAACUGUUGUCAACUAUCAAAAAAGUUGUUAAAAAAUAUUCCGGGGCAGCAGCUGACACCCACCAGCCGGGGACUUCGGGUGAAUCAGCUUGCGAACCGGAACCACCAAAAUCGGAAACUGUCCCACUUGGUCGAAAGAUCGGCAAAGGUAUGGCGGGAAUAAUUUCCAAACUGAAGAGUGGGGUGACCAAUAACAACCCCCCACCGCUGGAGAGCAACCCCAUCAUGCAAUACUUCGAGGUGGGGAAGGAAAGCAGCACGGCCGGCCCCGGGCUGGUGUGGAGGGUCCAUGAUGCCUACAGGAAGAGCGACGGCAAGGAAUGUUCCGUUUUCGUGUUCGACAAGCGAAUAGCGGAGAAGUUGUACAAGCCCAAACGGAAGGAGAGCAUGCUGGACAGGAUCCGCGCUUGUGUCUCGCAGCUAGAGAAGAUGCGCCACCCCAAGAUGCUGCAGAUCAUCCAUUCCAUUGAAGAAGGCCACAAUACCAUCGCUUUUGCCUCUGAACCUGUCCUCGCAAGCUUACAUAAUGUUCUCGCCUGGCACGAGUCAUCGCCCGUUCUGCCGGGGGGGCAGCAGCCAGUUUUCCCGCACCCGAUCUCGCUGGGCCCGUCGAGCGCGCAGCCGCCGCAGCACACGGCGCCCGCGCAGCGCCCACCCUACGCCAAGGAGUACUACUUUCUUGAUAUCGAACUCCGAUACGGCAUCUUGCAGAUUAUCGAAGCCCUGCACUAUUUGCACUACACUGCGCGCCAGAUCCACCGCAACGUGUGUCCGCAGGUCAUCAUCGUCACCAAGCGCGGCACCUGGAAACUGUUCGGCCUCGAGUUUGUCGAGAACAUAAUCGGUCCCGACCCCACCGAGAUGAUGAACGUGCCGCCCUGGUCCAUCAAAGUUGCUAAAAUAGCCCAGCCCAACUUGGAUUUCUUAGCUCCGGAGGUGCAGACAAACGGACAGUGCAACAUACUGUCAGACAUGUUCUCCUUGGGCCUGGUGAUCUGCGCAGUCUUCAACAGCGGCAAGUCUCUGCUGCAAGCCAAUAACAACCCUAUGCUCUACAUGAAACAGAUCGAAUUUCUGGAGCAACAAGUGAACGCCGUGCUGCCGCGCGUACCCGCGGCGCUCCAGGAGGCGGUACAACGGCUGCUGACCCGCGACCCCCACCCCCGCCCUACCACUCAACUGCUGCCGCUCAUCAAGUAUUUCAAGUGCCAAAGUGAGCCGGCUAUCCACGCGAUGCAGUUUCUGGACGUGAUCACCAUGAAGGACCCUAACCAGAAGACUAACUUCUACCGCGGCACCCUCAUCGAUGCCCUGCCGUACAUCCCCAAGAAAUUGCGCUGGCAGCACGUGUGGCCGGCGCUUCAGCUGGAGGUGCGCACGGCGGAGGUGCUCGCCGCCGUGCUUCAGCCCAUCAUCUGGCUCACCAACGAAGCCACGCAAGACGAGUUUUCUCAUUAUGUGUUGCCGACACUCAAGAUUUGUUUUAGGAAUUUAAUGAAUUCUCCUAAGAGCAUUCAAGCAUCAGUGACUAUUUUGGAGAACCUGCACGUGAUCCUCAAGAAGUGCCAGAAGGAUGAAGUCAACAAUGAGAUCAUGCCGCUGCUGUUUGCUGCCCUCGAUAACAACACCAAUCAAAUACAGACAGCGUCGUUAAUUGCCAUUCAAAACGUGUCCGAUUACAUCGAUGACAAAUCGCUGCAUGGCGUCGUGCUCGCCAAGGUCAAGGUUCUGCUUGAGAAGAACCAAAGUGACGUGAAAGUUAUCAGCCUUAUUCUCGGUUUCUAUGAGAAGAUCCUGCUGCGCCUGGAGAGGACUCACCUCCUCGAACAAGUCAUCCCGACACUCCUCUGCAUGAGGCUUAGCGACCCGGAUAUCAUUAACCGGGUUGUCAAGCUCUACAAGUCGAUGCUUCUGGAAAGAAAAUUCGGGUUGACCACCAACGUGAUGGCCACAAAGAUGAUACCGUCGUUGGCUCCUCAAACCGUCAAUCCAGCUCUGAACGUCGAUCAAUUCACCAAUCUUAUGGAGAUUUUGUACGACAUGCUGGACAACAUUGACAAGAACCAACGCUACAAGUUGAAGCUGGACAGCCUGACGCUGCCGAGCCCCGAGCGCCACCGCCCGCUGCGCCACCAGAUGAGCACCGACAAUAUGAACGUGCCGCCUUUCAACAUCCCCAACCUGCGCGUAGAACAGCGCAAGACCUCCAGCGCCGAGGACAUGGCCCGCAAAAACUCCAUGAGCGGACCCAGUGGCACCGGUAGCGUCGGCGGGGGCUUCAAGAGUACGGGCAUCGGACAAUGGUUCUUUGGUUCGAACAACUCAACAAACAACGAUAACAACUUCUUGCGCGUCGCGAGCGCAUUCCCUAAUCGUCGACUUUCAGAUAACACUUUAAUGACCCCAAAGAUCCGUAUUGCCCCAUCUUGCGCAUCGUCCCCAGGAGGGACCCCUGGAGGUAACUCUGGAUUACCAACACGUCGUCAUUCCAGCAUCGGACCCCAAGAACGUCGCGGUUCUGCCGUUAAUUUGUCGCCACCAACUGGCUACCAGAGCAGGGGGCGCGGCGGCUCGGGCUCGAGCCUGUCCGUGCCGUCAGCCUCUCAAUGCGUCCUUGCACGGAGCAUGAUCGGCGGUUCAAUGCCAAACACCUCGUCAAGUGUGCCGUUCUUGCUGACGUCGUCAAUGCAGUCGAUCCGGUCGCGGCGGCCGUCCACGUGCAACUCGCAGGGCUCCGGCAUCCUGCAGCAGCUGAGCAGCGGCAUGUACCAGCUGUUUUCCGGGCGUACGUAAACAUUUGAUUAACGUUAGAGCCGCGGCCGCCCCGUAGCGAACACUCGCGGGCUCGCGACGCCCGCGCCGCCCCGCGCCGGCCGCCGCUAGCACCCGUCGCGCGACUCCGCCUCACGCGCACUACCGCACUGAAAAUGAGCUUCUCAAUUCAAUACUUCGUCUUAAUUAAAAGUAACAAAAUGUAGCAACUGUCAUGUAAGUGUCAUGCGUCGGCCUAACAAUAUUCGAAACUUUUUUUUGUAAAUCCAAUAGAUCCGGCACAACAAUUAUUUUUCGAAUAUAAAGGAAUGCAUUGCAUGCUGCCAUCAUUUUAAAAAUUUUAGGAACUAUUGUAGGCGAGUUUCGUUUGAUUUGAUUAGAAAUGUGUAAGUUUUAACAAAUAAUGCAUCAAGUGACAAAACACAUGUCGAGCUCUGAAUGAUUUAGAAUGCAAUUAGUGGUUACAGCUGCCCUAGCCGCCCCAGGUGCCAGAACAUCGCUCAGAGGCUGCAGAGCGCAUCGCGGCGCUGCGCUCUGGGGCGGCGGGGCGACUCGUGUUUCGUUGCGUUUUGCAUUGCGCCUGGCGAGCACUUUAUGAUGCACCUGUUCAAUACCUAUAUAUAACUUUGUUUAUUGUGCACACUUUCACAUUUAAAUAUCUGUAUAUCAGUUAAUACUGGACCGAUUGAAUAUUAUUUAAAUUAAAUCUUAGACUGCUUAAUGAAAAGCUUUUAAUAUUUAAUAAUUAUAUUUAUAUAAUCUUGAGGGAAUCGCUAAAAUUUAAAAUAAAUUUGCAUCUUCCCAGAUGCAGUGUCCCCUGCAAGUCGAGCAAAUACAUAUUUUACUAUAAUUCGGAUAUGUGGCACCGAAAACAAAUUUUAUUUUCCUCAAAUUGUAAUAAGUUGCUACAAAUUGGCAGAUCUUGUUAAAACUUUAUUUUACACAGGCUUGUCGGAAUCGCAUUUAUUUAUAUUAUUAAUAAUGAAUUGUGAUAGGAUCCUAUGCACGUAAUUGCAUUUUGAUCCGAAGUGAGAAGGGUGCCAAACGCUAAAUUUACGUUAAGGAAUUAUAUAAGUCGCAUCAAUAAAACAAAACGACUGUUUGGAAUUCCCAAAAAUUCUACGUACCAUAUAAAAGUAAUCCAUUUGUUUAAAUAAAGUGCCUAUUUGAUUUCAAUUCAGAUGAUUUGUUUUCGUUUCUCCUUUGAGAUUUAUCUAAAGAGUUCUACUACAUUGUACCUACUCAUAUCACGCGGCUAAGGUCUACAUCGGAAAGUAUAGAUCUAGUGAUAUGAUAACAUAAAGAGAAGUCUUGGCUGACUGCCUCUUCCAUUGAAUUAAUGAUUUUUGUAAAAAAAAAAGUGAUGGUCCCUUUAUGGAGAUUGCUAACAUAUCGAAUAUUAUACUUCUUAAUUUAGGACAAGAUGUGAUUAAAUUAUAACUAAAUUUAUUGAUUGUCGGCUUUUUUCAUAAUCGAAUUUUCGUUGACAUUUUCGCCAGAAGGGACAUCGUAAAAAACAGGCACGAUAAAACAUUUAAAUGGACCGGGACUUAUACUGAAACAUCGACCCAAUUUGGAAAUCUUAUAUAUUCUGUAUUUUUAUAAAAUCCAAUUUAUUAUUUAUACUUUAUUGAAUGAAAUAUAAAUAUUUUUGAGAAAACAAAUAAUGCUACUUAUAGCUUUUUACGCUCUUGUAUUUGUGAUCUUAAUUAUAUAUUGGUCUCAUUAAGUAUUUAUUUAUGGUAUAAACAGAAAAUUAUAUACCAUUAUAUUGCACUAUUUACACUGUAGAACUACCUGAUUACAUUUCUAUAAUAAGUAAUAUAAAACAAAGUCACUAGUUCAUUUAUAUAUUGAUGAUUUUAAAUGUGGUUUUCCACUUUUUAUCAUGACUUUUUAUUCUAGAAAAUAUGUAAAUAAAUAUCUUAUUUUCAACUUAUAUAAAACCGCGGCAAGUCCGGUUCACGUAUCCUUCAAUGGAAUUAUAAUUUUUAUUAAAGUUUUACCUUGUAAGAUUGUCCAGAAAGUGAGAAAUAGGGAUAGGAAAUUCCUUGGAUUAAGAUAAAUAAAUAUCGUAGGUAGUUACCUACAUUAUCGUAAUGUAAAAUUAAUAUAUUGGUGUUGUGAACCUGUCCUGAGGAGUAUUUGCCUUUAUCUAUGAAAGUUAGAAUGAACACGAUAUUAACGUUGGAUACAACGAUAGUCAUAAUGAUACGUGCAUGUCCGACAUUACUAAAGUUUAAUAAAAUAUGGUUUUUUAUUGGUUUGGGUUUGGUAAUUGAGAACAAAACAUUUGACGUAAGUAUUAAAAAAUAUAAAUAUGGGUGGCUUUCACAUUAUGCUGAGUCUAUGUAAAACAAAAUUUCCUACUUAAGUUUAUUAAUUGUGCUCAAUUGGUGAAAUCCAACAACUCCAAUAGAUAGUUAGUAAAAAAAUUUUGACUGCCCGUAUUAUGCGUCCGAUCUGCUAAUCGAACAUUUUGUAAGGGCGAGGAAAAUUAUAGUUGUUUAUUUGAUUAACAAAUACUGCAGAAAUUUGAUGUUUAAAGCCACCCUAAUAUUAUUGGCAUGUUGACUAUAGAAACUGAUUACGGUGAGUAAACUAUACUCGUACCUAUAAAUAAGUACAUAUUAUUCCAAUUAUUAAAAUUUCGAUACGUGUUUCAGUCACAAUUAAAAUUGCGCUAUAAAUUCCGACUAAGUAAAUGUUAGGGAUAGGAUGAGCGAACGUUGCAAUGUCGGCCGAGAUGUUCCCAUCCAGAACAUGGAGAAGCAUAUUAAUUGUCUUGACGACGUUAUAUUACGUAAAUAACAAGUUAAAUUAACACAAUGUGUGUGCCUAUUUGUGACAAACAAUGCCACAAAAGGACUGUGUGCUGGUCAUAACCUUAACUAUUCAUUUCUGUAGAAAACGUUCCAAAGUACUUAUUAUUAACGCUAUUAAAUUCACAUUCUAUGAAGUACUUAUUCGAGUCUAAGACAUUUUAUAUUUUGAAAACGUUUUAAAUAUUAAUUCUUCGAAGGGUUGUGGUGUUUGCUCAUUGUUAGACUUAUGAAUAAGUUUUACAUGUACUACCUACCUAUCUACCUUUGUAUAUUUAUCCUUGAUAUCGCUCUAUAAACAUUUUAUAAUAUUUGAUGUGAUUCUACGAUAUGUACCUACCUUUAUGUACCUAAAAUAUACACGUAGUUAGCAUUUGUAUUAAAUAUUGUGCUAUCUUGUGAUCUUGUUCUGUGAAUAGACUUCUUUAUAACCUCGACUGCUAACUUUUCUAGGACAAAAGAGAUAAUAUUCGACAAUACUUUUGUAAGUUCUUUCCUCGCAGAUAGAUGCGAAAUUAAAUUCUUCUCAAAAUUUUAGGUGAACUAAAUUUUUAUCGUGUUUGAGCUUACUCAGGUUAAUAUAGAAUUAAAAUAAUUACGAUUUUUACUCAAUUCUAUUUCCUGUUAUAUUUAGAUGAAAAUUGUUGCCUUAAAUUAGGUUUUUUCUGAUCUUAUUUUAGUAGGAAUUACAUUCAGACUGAGUCGCCCGAAACUGUUAGGCAUUAUUUAAGUACAGAACGAUUUCGUAACCAAACUUAUAUUUCUAUAGGUCACUUUCUUUCUUUCUUGACUCUAAGCCCUAUCACUUUCGAUGUAACUUUAUAAUAUAGGAAGUUAUCCGUAAAGAGAUACAAUAUAUAGAGAAUACAAUUGCAAUUGCAAUUAUAUAGAGAAUACCAUAUAUUCACAUAAAUUAUAUAUUCCCUUAUCUGAAUGUUUAAAUUCCACUUAUUAAAUAGACGAAUAAGAUGUUAUUAAAUAACAGAAGUUAGCAUGUAUUCAGAGUUGUUGUUUAAAUCCAAUAUUAGGUCCCCUACAUGAUGAAAUAUUUACCUAAAAAUAAAAAUAAAAAAACUGUAGAUUGAAUGUGUAUAGUAAGAAUAAAUGUUAUUUGCGGUUCAUGUGAAACAAAAUAUAUAAUUACCAAUUAAGUCUAAAAUAAAUAUCAAAAUCUAUACGAAAAUAUCCAAAAUUGUAAACUUAUCAAAAUGUACCGAAGAGGCAUAAACAAAUUUAUGUUGUUCUUUGUCAUUCUAUUAAUGUAUACGUGGCACAU